AUGGAGCUGCCGAUCCACGAACGCGUGAAUGCCAUGAACCUGGCCUCGAUGGCGGCGCCGGACUCGAUCAUCCCACUUUUUGAGGUCGCAGAUAGCGCGCUGCUGGAGGCGUCGUUCCCGUCGCACGAUUGCACGAUCGCUUGCGACCCGACGUGGCUUCUCCUCGAGCCGCUCGCACCAGCACCAGCUGUUGCGACAGCGGUGGCCGCCGACCCCAAACCGAGCGCGCCGUCGGGCGAACGUCGGCGGCUGUGCAGCGACGUCGACUGUAAGAGCCAAGCGCGCGCAUUCGGCAAGUGCAAGCGCCACGGUGGCUCGAAGCGGUGCGCCCACGCCGGCUGCGACAAGAGCGUGCAGAGUCGCGGCCUUUGUAUUCGGCACGGUGGUGGGUCGCGCUGCAAGAUUGCCUCGUGCACCCGGGCGUCCCAGAGCUUGGGGCUGUGCAAGCUGCACGGCGGUGGCCGGCCCUGCGCCAUCGUCGGUUGCGACAAGAAGGCCCACAUGAAGCAGCUCUGCCGACAGCACGGCGGCGGCGAUCGCUGUUCGUUUCCUGGCUGCGAUAAGUGGGUGCAGCGCCUAGGCAUGUGCCUCAACCAUGCACGCGACCGCGCUGGCGACGACGACUUCUUCUACUCCAGUACCGAGUCUUAACUAUAACUACUGCUUG